CAAUUUCUUUCUUUCCCUAACCAUUCUCUCUCUCUUAAAAGCUUCUGCCAAAUUCAACAAUUACGCGCUAUUUCGCAAAACCAACACAAACCCAUUACAAUUCACACACAAUAUAUUCAACAACCAAAAUUAAAAAGAUAUCACUACACACUUCAUUCUCUCUCUCUUGUUUCUCUCUCUACCUAGAGCUUGCUUUUGUUUCAAUGGAAGAAGAAUCCUCGAGUUCGCCUAAUUCGGAGGAGGUAUUGGGUGCGGCGCAGCAGUUGAUGCAGUUAAGCAACGACGACAAUAGUAGCAAUGUCGACGUAGUCGUUGCGGAGGCGAAGAAGAACAAGAAGAAGGAUUUUGGUGGGGAUGGGGGUGGGGGUGGUGGCUGUCGAGAGGAAGAGGUUGAUCAAAAGAGAUGUCAAAUAGAAUCGUCGGUUUGGUUGAAAAUUGAAGAGAUUUUUGGGAAAGAUAAUGAAGGAGAUCAUUGUUGUCAUCAUCAUUCUUCUAUUAUUAAUUCUCGUCCUAAGAAGAGACGAUUUCGAUCCAUUCAAAGUAUUUAUAUGAAGACUAAACCUAUCACUAAUGGUAGAUUCUCUACUAAGACAAUGGUCGGGAAUUGAACGCGGUGGCAGUGGCCGUGCAUGGCGACGACGGUGGUAGGACGUUAUCGACUAAUUUGGAGUACUUUUUUUAGCAUAAUUCUAUGGUUAAAGUAUAUACAUAAUCUCGUAUGUUUCGAAUUUUACAGCUAAUUGAAUGAAUUAUGAUCAAGUUGACAGUUUAAUUUUGCAUAUAUGAUAUGAAGUUUGGAGAUUCAAUGAUAGGAAUUGUACAUUUAGCCUUCCUGCUACUUUCUAUGUAAAAGCCAUUGGAAGUAGAAAAGUGAUGCAAAUUAUUGAAUAAUAAUGAUGGAUCUUUAUGAAGUUUUUAUCUUCA